AUGCUACCUCUACGGUCCGCCCUUUUGAGGCAUGGGUCACCUCGAGAAACGAAUAUAUGCUCUAGAUGUCUGGUGAAAUCUCGCACUCACCCCUCACAACCCAGUCGGGGCUUCUUCACGUACACGCACCGGAUAACGGGCAUCCUCGCGAAUCAGACCACCACGCCUCUUCAUAAGACAUACUUCUCCCCCAACCGGUUCUUUUCCCCCAAUCGGUUCAACGAUGGCUCAAAUACUAGGAGCGGCCUAUUAUCUUCCUUCGCAUCCAGAAAUGCCGAUUCUCAAUCAACCUUCUCAAAUUCCCAACAUUCGAAUGACCGCUUCGCAAUCCCGAGUGAUUCGUCUCCCGCACCUUCCGAGUCAAUUGCCCCCGGAACUACAAACAAUGAACUGCCUCAUCGACAGAGGAUACGGUUGAAAGAAGAGGCUUCAAAUAAUGACCAACCAGAGCAAUCCAUCCCCCUCGAUGCUUCAGCGCAGCUAUCGAAUUUCUCAUCCGCGCUUCCCAACACCUCUAUUCGUCGCAAACUGGCUGCAUUCUUCGCCCUCACCAAACCUAGACUUUCCUUUCUGAUUCUUCUUACUACCACAUCUGCAUACGGAAUGUACCCUAUAUCGUCAUUGCUCACCCUCGACCCGGCCAUUGACCCUCUCCCCACUCUCUCUACCUCCACCUUGACCUUCAUUUACUUGACGAUAGGCACAUUCCUCUCAUGCUGCAGUGCCAAUACUCUGAACAUGAUGUUUGAGCCGAAGUACGAUGCAAUGAUGACCCGAACACGGAAUCGUCCACUAGUGCGCGGCCUAGUCUCACGUCGUGCUGCCCUUCUCUUCGCCAUUGGUACUGCGGCUACCGGUCUCGGACUUUUAUACAUUGGAACAAACCCAACAACAACAGCCUUGUCCGCCGCAAAUAUUGCUUUGUAUGCAUUUGUGUAUACUCCUCUGAAACGCAUUCAUGUUGUCAAUACCUGGGUCGGUGCGAUAGUGGGCGGUAUCCCACCGUUGAUGGGUUGGGUUGCUGCAGCAGGGCAAACAGCCACAACGGGGCAUGAUACCUGGCGCGACAUGUUGUUUAGUGAAGACAGUAUUGGAGGCUGGCUGCUUGGUGGAAUCUUAUUUGCUUGGCAGUUCCCCCACUUCAAUGCGCUCUCACAUCUCAUUCGAGACGACUAUAAAGCCGCGGGAUACAGGAUGCUUUGCUGGGUGAACCCGGCGCAGAAUGCUCGUGUCGCUUUACGAUACUCCGUUCUCAUGUUCCCGAUUUCUAUCGGCCUCUGGUGGGUUGGUGUUGUUGGCCAGGGAUUCUUGGUUGGAAGCACUCUCGCCAACGGCUGGCUUGUUCGUGAAGCUUAUCGUUUCUGGCAACACCAGGGUGCCCAAGGUACCGCUCGAGGUCUCUUUUGGGCUAGUAUCUGGCAACUUCCUAUUCUUCUUGUUGGGGGUCUGGUUACCAAGAAAGGGCUGUGGGAUGGUGUCUGGCGGAAUAUUUUUGGACAACCAGAAGAGGAUGAAGAUGAAAUCCUGUACUAUGAAGAUGAUGACGAGCUACUUGCUGACGAGGACUCACCCUCGCAAGACUCCGUCUCUCAAACGAGCAGUAUAGUUGGCCAUUCGUCAACAAAAAAGACAAGCGUAUUGUCUACUGCAUGA